CCGCCACCGCCACCGUCGUCGCCGUCGUCGUCGCCGUCGUCGUCGCCGUCGUCGACCGCGCUUCUCAGUCGACUAUUCGAGUGUCGACCGCCGGAGCUCGACCCGCUGCUCCAAUAUCACCGACUCCUCCAGCCCUCGGUGAAGCCCCGAGAAUGUCUCAGCUGCAGCACAGCCGGAAGCGAGUUUGCUACUACUACGAUAGUGAUAUUGGAAAUUAUUACUAUGGGCAAGGUCACCCCAUGAAACCACAUCGCAUAAGGAUGACGCAUAAUUUAUUAUUAAAUUAUGGACUUUAUCGAAAAAUGGAAAUUUAUCGACCGCAUAAAGCUACUGCAGAUGAAAUGACCAAAUUUCAUAGCGAUGAAUAUAUUCGAUUUUUGAGGUCAAUUAGGCCCGAUAAUAUGACAGAAUAUAAUAAGCAAAUGCAAAGAUUUAACGUUGGUGAAGAUUGUCCUGUUUUCGAUGGCCUGUACGAAUUUUGUCAAUUAUCUGCUGGUGGAUCGGUAGCUGCAGCUGUAAAAUUAAAUAAACAGGCAUCUGAAAUUUGCAUAAAUUGGGGUGGUGGACUUCAUCAUGCAAAAAAGAGCGAAGCUUCGGGCUUCUGUUACGUUAAUGACAUUGUGCUAGGAAUUUUAGAAUUACUUAAGUAUCAUCAAAGAGUUUUGUAUAUUGAUAUCGAUGUUCAUCAUGGCGAUGGAGUCGAAGAAGCCUUUUAUACAACAGACAGAGUUAUGACAGUUUCAUUCCACAAAUAUGGAGAGUACUUCCCGGGAACUGGAGAUCUCAGAGAUAUUGGUGCUGGCAAGGGAAAGUAUUAUGCUGUUAAUAUACCUCUCAGGGAUGGAAUGGACGAUGAAAGUUAUGAAUCUAUAUUUGUACCAAUUAUUUCAAAAGUUAUGGAAACUUUUCAGCCAUCUGCUGUUGUAUUACAAUGCGGUGCUGAUUCUUUAACCGGAGAUCGAUUAGGAUGUUUUAAUUUAACGGUGAGAGGGCAUGGGAAGUGCGUCGAAUUUGUUAAAAAAUACAAUUUACCCUUCUUGAUGGUUGGAGGUGGUGGUUAUACUAUCAGAAAUGUAUCAAGAUGUUGGACCUACGAAACAUCGGUAGCACUUGGCUCCGAUAUAGCCAACGAGCUUCCAUAUAAUGAUUACUUUGAAUAUUUUGGACCCGAUUUCAAGUUGCAUAUUAGUCCUUCGAACAUGGCCAAUCAAAAUACUCCCGAAUAUUUAGAAAAAAUUAAGACACGAUUAUUUGAGAAUUUAAGAAUGUUACCACAUGCGCCAGGUGUUCAAGUACAAGCUAUUCCCGAAGAUGGUGCUGUUAUUGAAGAUUCUGAGGCAGAAGAAAAAGUGAAUCCCGAUGAAAGAUUACCUCAGCGCGAUAUUGACAAAAGGAUACAACAUGAAAAUGAGUACAGCGAUAGUGAAGAUGAAGGUGAAGGUGGUAGAAGAGACAAUCGGUCUUAUAAGGGUUCAAGGAAACGACCACGACUGGAAAAAGGCCAAGAGAAUUUGGAAGGAGAUAUAAAAAAGGAAGAUGAAAUCAAAUCUGAAGUAAAAGAAAACGAAAAGGAUGAUAAAUCAAAUGCUACAAACGAAGAAGCAAAAAAAGAUGGCGGGGCAAAUCCCUGAUUUAGGCAUAUUGAAAAUCCUUUUAAGGAAUGGAAUUUAGAAGUUAUUAAGUAAAUAUCUCUUGACAGCCAGAUUUUCCAACCACGAACAUCGAUUGCAAUUUCUUUUUGAAAUUUGUCGAAUUUCUACGACGAGUGCGUUUACUAUAAGGAAAUGAUUUAUUUUAAGCACGCGCCUUAAGUAAACAUGUGUUCGUGGAAAAGCAAUAUGGCUUAAUCAAUUUUUUUAUUUAUCAGUUUUCUUUUAAUGCGCGCAUUACUGAAAAUGUUCGAAGUAAUUAACGUUAUUCUAAAUUGUAAAAUUUGAUAAUUUAGUAGGUAAAAAUAAUUCUUUCAUUUCUAGAAUAAGGAUAUACGUUUCAGCUUACACGUUAAUUCUUCAUAUUUAUUAUUAGCGCAUAUUAUUAAAUCGCUUA